UGACAGGCGGGCGGCGCGGCAUUUGUAAACAGAGUUAACGGUAUCACUGUGGAGUUUAACAUCACUGUUUACAAAGUUUUUGAUCUGUAAUUUUCGUAGGUUAUCGUCAGCUGUCUUCUGUUAUUUUAUCCGGAGUGAAGCUAGACAGCCGUUGGCGUCUUUUUGGCUCUUAUAAGGACUUUGGUAGAAGUUUCCGGGAGCGGAGACCAUGGCUUUAACUGGCAGCCUCAGCUAACAUGCUAACUUCAGCGGCGGGGCUUCCCAGUGGACCGAGUGCUUCAGGUGAGAGCGGCUAGGCAUGCUAAUAGUGCACCUCCUCGGGAGAUCCUUGCUUCGACCGGCACUACAGCGACUCGGGGUCCAGCAGAGGUGUCUCUGUGCGGUGCAGAGUGUCCGGUGUCCGGACACACCGCAGGAGGCAGACAUGAUCCGGAGCCGGGCUCAGAUCAAGCGGGUCCUCUGCGUAGCCGAGAAGAACGAUGCAGCCAAAGGCAUCUCAGAGAUCAUGUCCAGCGGCAGGGCCAGGAGGAGGGAAGGGCUGUCAAAGUUUAAUAAAAUCUAUGAGUAUGAAUAUCAUCUCUUUGGUCAGAAUGUGACAGUAACAAUGACAUCUGUAUCAGGCCAUUUACUGGGUCUGGAGUUUAAAGCACCGUUUCAGAAAUGGCACAGUUGCAAUCCUGUGCUGUUAUUUGAUGCAGAGGUGGAGAAGUAUUGUCCAGAUAACAUGAUACAGAUCAAGAGGACACUAGAGAAAGAGGCGAGGCAGUGCCAGGCCUUAAUCAUCUGGACUGAUUGUGACCGAGAGGGAGAAAACAUUGGCUUUGAAAUCAUAGAUGUCUGCAAAGCAGUUAAGCCCAAUUUACAACUCUUUCGGGCAAAGUUUUCUGAAAUAACCCCCAACUCCAUUCGGAGAGCUUGUGAGACUCUAACGGAGCCGGAUGCCAACAUCAGUGAUGCUGUCGAUGUCCGUCAGGAGCUGGACCUGCGGAUAGGUGCAUCCUUCACUCGAUUCCAGACGCUUCGCCUGCAGAAGAUCUUUCCGGAGUCUCUGGCCAAUCAGCUGAUCUCAUACGGCAGCUGUCAGUUUCCCACUCUGGGUUUUGUGGUGGAGCGCUUCAAAGCCAUCCAGGCUUUCAUACCUGAGACUUUCUACAAGAUCAAAGUGCUCCAUGAGGUCGAAGAGGACUCUGUAGAGUUCAGCUGGAAAAGAAAUCGACUGUUCAACCACACAGCUUGCCUGGUGCUCUACCAGAUCUGCAUGGAGGAUCCCAUAGCAACAGUCACCUCAGUAACCAGCAAACCCAAGAGCAAGUGGAGACCGCUGCCUUUGGACACUGUGGAACUGGAGAAACUGGCAUCUCGGAAGCUCAGAAUAAGUGCCAAAGAGACCAUGAAAAUUGCAGAAAAACUCUACACCCAAGGGUUUAUCAGCUACCCCCGCACAGAAACUAACAUUUUUCCGGCAACCCUGGCUCUUGGCCCCCUGGUGGAGCAGCAGACUCAAAGCCCAGUCUGGGGGACAUUCGCCCAGCAGGUACUUGACCAGCCUGGAGGUCCCAAUCCACGGCAGGGCAAGAACUCUGACCAAGCCCAUCCUCCCAUACACCCCACCAAGUACACCAGUACGCUGCAGGGUAAUGAAGGGCGUGUGUACGAGUUCAUUGUCAGGCACUUCCUGGCCUGCAUAUCCCAGGAUGCUCAGGGGCAGGAGACGGUGGUGGACAUAGACAUAGCCCAGGAGAAGUUCUCCACCUCAGGACUUAUGAUCAUUGCGAGGAACUACCUAGAUGUUUACCCGUAUGACAAGUGGAGUGCCAAGGUGAUUCCAGUGUACGAGCAGGGCUCCCAGUUUCAGCCCUCUGCUAUUGAGAUGGUGGAUGGACAGACGAGUCCUCCACAGCUGCUCACUGAAGCCGACCUCAUAUCACUGAUGGAGAAACAUGGCAUUGGCACAGAUGCGACCCAUGCAGAGCACAUUGAGACUAUAAAGAGUCGCAUGUACGUGGGCUUGACAGCUGACCAGAGGUUUCUCCCAGGGGAGCUUGGCAUGGGGCUGGUGGAGGGUUACAACUCCAUGGGGUAUGAAAUGUCCAAACCAAACCUGCGCGCUGAAUUAGAGGCAGAUCUCAAGCUGGUAUCACAGGGCAGGAAGGACAAACAGAGCGUGCUGCUGCACCACAUCCAGAAAUACAAGACCGUCUUCAUCGAGUCUGUCAGGAAGGCAAAGAAGUUAGACGAAGCCCUGUCGCCAUAUCUGGGUGCAGCCCAGGAGAUCACUGAAACAGAGCAGCAGGACAUAGAGAUCCCGCUGCCGGUCAGGAAGUGCCCUAACUGUGGUCGGGACAUGGUGCUGAAGAAGAAGAGGGAGGGAAACAGUAAGUACCUGUCCUGUAUGGGUUUCCCGGCCUGUAAGACAGCAGUGUGGUUCCCUGACACAGUGCUGGAGGUCAGCAGAGAUGACAGCAUCUGUCCCACCUGUCAGCCACAUCCCUGCUUCAGGUUGAACUUCAAGUUCCGCAGGGGCAGCCUCCCUCCCAUGAUGCCUCUGGAAUUUGUUGGCUGCAUUGGUGGAUGCGACGAUACCCUCAGAGAGGUGCUGGACCUGAAAUAUCUCAGAGCAGGAGGAGGAGGCGGAGGUGGUGGAGGAGUGGGAGAAGGUGGGGGAAGAGGAAGAGGAGGGGGAGGAAGAGGAGAUGACCCUUGGCCACCAGAUGCAAGGCCCCCCAGACCACAACUGCCCAGAGCCCCACGUUCUAAUCCUCACCCCUCCCUUCCCCCCGUCCCCUCCUGGACCCCACAGCCUCGACCUCCAGCCGGCGGUGGUGUUAGCAGUGCAGACCCCAGCAGAGAUGCCAUCGUGUGUAACUGUGGUCAGGACGCACUUCUCCUCACUGUGCGCAAAAACGGUCCCAACCAGGGGCGUCAGUUCUACAAGUGCAACAGCGGGAGCUGCAACUUCUUUCUGUGGGCAGAUCAGCCAGACCAGGAGGGGGCGCCGCAGAGUCAGGGGCCUCCACGUCCACUCCCAGCACCAAGGACCUCCCAGCCUCCUCCAAGACCCUCUUUGGGGUUCACGAACCCAUCUGGAGGGAGCAGAGGGCAGGAAGGGAGCGCAGGAGGACAAGUGGGUCACACAAUGUGUAACUGUAAUGAGGCAGCAGUGACGCGCACGGUGCAGAAGGACGGCCCAAACAAGGGCCGGAUGUUCCAAACCUGCGGGAAACCAAGAGAGCAGCAGUGUGGCUUCUUCCAAUGGGCUGAUGAGAACGUACCUCCAGCAGGUGGUUUUGGGGGUGGAUUUAAUGGCGGUGGAGACGGAGGGAAGAGGGGGAGGAAGAUAAUGGGAGAUACCAACCCUAACAAACCUCCCGCUGCUAAGAAACCCCGUACCUGCGGCAUCUGUCACAUGCCAGGGCACACCCGAAUCACCUGUCCCCAGCGGUGACAGCUGUCCUGGGGUAACGACUCUAUAACUGUGAAGCUGCUGAAGAGCUGUAUGGAGUCAGAUUUUAUUUUUUAAAUAUGAAGCAACACAGACUGUAAGUGCCUCCUCACAUGGGGUGGACCUCCUCUUCUAAACACUGCACCCAGACACUAUCCCUCCUACAAGACGAAAGUCAUGUAAUAACUAUGGCUCCAAAUAAAAUCAAAAAUUAUACUCCCUAGUCAGAGUCCUGCUACACAUUCGCAAAUGAGGAAUGUCAAAGAUGUUUUGUGUCCCAGGUCAGCAGGAACUAGGACUUUUCUCUCUGUUUUCAUCUGGCUCUGACUCCUCAGGUCUCCUCAGAUCUGCAGUGUACUAAAUCAUUCUGUGUCUAAUUUUCUGCCAGAUGGCAGCCUGUUUUAAUUCCAGACUCAUUACAGGAAUUCAGCAUUUUAGGGAAUAAGCUUAUUCACUUUCUUUCUGAGAAUUAGAUGAGAAGAUGCCCAUAAAGUAAAUAUGAAGCCACAGCCAGCAGCUGUCUAGCUUAGCUUAGCAUAAAGACUGGAAAAAGAGGGAAACAGCUAGCCUAUGUGGACGGUAACAAAAUCAGCAGCACCAGUACCUCUAAAGCUCAGUAAGUGUUAUAUCUCAUAGGUUUAAUCUGUGCAAAAACCGAAGUUAAAAAAAAAACCAAAAACAACUCACCAAUUACAGGAUUUAUACAGGACUAUUGAGCUCCUAAGCAUAUUUCUCAAAAUGUUGAUCUUUUAAAUUAUUUUAGCUUUCAUAAACUCACAUGUGUUGUACGCUUUAAACACUGGUUGUCUGAACUCUUGCUGCCUGAGGAGAGAGCUCAGAACAAGUUUACAACUUGUAGGUGGUGUAAUUUCAGCAAACUGAAAGCACUCGACAGUUGAUGGGAAAUUUGCUCAGCUGGCUGUGGAUCAGAGUAAUUACUGUUGUGUUCGUCUGUAUUUACAACCCUGAUUGUUUGACUGACAUCACCUGGGGGAAGGUGAUUCUGACUCAGAGGCAGUCCUGUCUUUAAUGUGUAUUUCAAAGAAAAGUUUUUGCACACUGUUAAUUAAUAGCUUGUAUUAAUAUGUUGACUGUUAUUAUGUUCACCAUCAGUAUCUUUAACAGAAGGUAUUUUACAUUGGUUGAUUUGCCAAGUUGAUGUUGGAAGAAAUAUUGAAAUAUGUUUUUACACUGUGAAUGUGAAAAGUGCAAAAAGAGAAGUCAACUGGUUUGUGGUCUGAGGAAAUGUAAGUGCCAUUGUUAUUAUUUUAAUAUUGAUGUAUGCUAAUAAACUUUAAUGUGCGUUUA